CUGUUUUUAAUACCAAUGCUUCAGUGCGUUUUUUAAAAAAUUCCGAAUAACUUUUUACGACAAUAACCUAGUGGAAUAUAAUGGUAUAACUGAUUUGAGCGGGGAAAAUUAAUUGCCGUAAAAAACAUAAGUUUGCAAGUUAACGACUGUAAUCACGAUCAAAUAUGGCGUUUGUAGAGUCUGAACCUGAGGUAUACCGUCGGAAAAAGAGCGUUAGAGUUGAUUUAAACGAUAGACAAAGAAUAAUUGGUGGUAUUGGAAGGCCAAGAUCUAACGUUAACGGACCAUCUAGCAUAAACGAUCGCAUCCUUCAGUACGGAAAAUCCACAGAAAAUGGUACGGCAACCGGAAAGCCGUUAGAGUUAAACAAUAACGAGAUAGUUUCUACUCCUCGAAGAAGAAUAAGUACUGCUACAUCGCCCGAUUAUGGAAAAAUUCUCAACUUGCAAAAUAAUGAUAUCAGUCGACAAAUAAGUAAUAGUGACGUAGUUAGUCAACAAAAUAAUAACAGUAUAAUUAGUCGACAAAAUGAGAAUUUGUUGAGUUUACAAAAUAACGAGAUAAAUUCAUUAAGAAAUGAAAAAAACAUUUCCGAAAAAAAUAAAGAGAAAACAUUAACUUCAGAAAAUAAUGAAAAAACAAACCAACUAACUAAUGAAACAGCAGCUAGUAUCCCAAAACAUAUUGAAAAAACAAACCAGCUAGCUAAUGAAACAGCAGUUAGUAUCCCAAAACAUAUUGAAAAAAAUGUCCUCAAUAACGAUAGCGUUGAUAAAACUAGUGAAAAAAUGCAAAGUUUGCAAAACAUGAAACCAGUCUCUUCAGAAAAUACCAUUAAAACAAACCACCUACAAAGUAUUGAGGAAGCCGAUGGUCCAGAAAAUAACGAAAAGAUUGUUAGCACUCAAAACAACGAGAAAUUUGUCAAUCCUCAGAGAAAUCAAAAAAAUCGGCAAACUAGCGACGACAAAUCUAUCAUUCGGCAAACUAGUGAAAAAUCUGCUAGUCCAGAUUGUAGCACAAAAUAUAUCGGUUCUCAAAAUAAUGAAAAAGCAGGGCUUUACAGUGGUAACGAAGGAGUAAAUCAUUCUGUAAGUCUUAAAACAGCUGUUAAUACAAUUAUCACAAUUAAAAAGGAAGAAAAACUUGCACAUAUCAAAUCUUUGGAAAAAAAUAAUGAAUCUAACGAGAAGGCAGGGCAUAUCAAGCUUAUCGAAAAACCAAGUAUCAAAUCAAUAGAUAAAAAAGUAAAACCUACAGAUAAUUUUUUGUCAGACAACGAAAAAACAAUCAAUCUGCAAAAAAACGAGGUUACAGUUGCUUCACAAACAACAAAUGGGGAAAACCUUAUUCUGUUAUCUCAAAUCAAUAUAGUAAAGCAAGAAAAUUUGCAUAAAAGUUCACUUGAUAUGCAAUUAUCAGAAGCUUCUCCAAAAAAUCAAAACAAAGAAAACAGCGUCAUUGCAAAUAAAAAAAGAUUAGAUUCAACUCUGACGUCGAAAUCUUCAGACCGUUUAAAUUUAAACGGUUUAAAAGCGGGGCUUCACAGUGGUAACGGAGGACACGCAGAAAAUCAUUUUGUGAGUCUAAAAGCGGCUGCUAAUACAAUUAUCAAACUUAAUAAAGAAGAAAAACUUGCAAAUACCGUUAAGAAUAUUAAGGGUGUAUCGCCUCCAUUAAAUAUUAAUUCAGCCAGAAACAAAUUUCUCGAAUUAGAAAAGCAUUCAACAGAUCAACAAGGUAUGACAAAAAAAAAUCAAACAGUUAUUAAAAAAAAAUCAUCUGAAAGUUCAUCGUGCUCUAUCGAUUGUGUUGUCAAUAAAGAAAAACAUAUUACUGAGACAUCGUGCGAUAUUACUUCAGAAAUUAUCAUAAUACCUACGUCUUCUAGCUUAAGUAAAGAAAACGAAAAAUCUAAUUCUCUUCAAAGUCUUACCGAUUCGGAAAAGUGCGCGAUCAAAGAUAAUUCACAUCUAAUUGAGUAUCAAUUAACUAACAAUAAUCAUGUAAUUACUAACAAUGCUUCUGUCACGGAAGAUAAAUUAGGGAAUUCUGAAUUAAUCCAAAUUGACAGUUGUUCUCCUGAUUCAACUAUUUAUGAUAUAAAGUCGGAUAGAUUUUUAACAAGUAAUUCAGAUACAAUGCCUACUGAAGUUAACGAUUUGGAUAACGAUUCUCCAUCAGACGUCAUACCGCACGAAUAUGUAAAAACAGAUGAAGAAAAUAACUCAAUAAACAAUACAAAAAAAAGUGAAGAAAUUGCAAAACCGAGUUAUAUCGACAGACAAAAUGAUAUAGAACAAUAUGAAAAUCUACAAAACAACAUAAAUGUUAAUGAAUUUGAUUCCAUUAUAAAUUCUCAGCUUACUGACAGCGAAAUAAACUUAAAUAAAAAUAAUUUCAACGAUGGAGAACUUAAAUAUGUCGCGGAAGAAGUUCAAAUAAACACCGAUAGACAAAACCCUAAGUCAGAUAUAAUUUAUGCGUUUAGUGAUAAAGCUGAAUCGAUUGAUAUUGUUGAAAAAGAGCAUAGUUCUACCUGUUCAUUUUCAGAUUCCGAUACUAGCUCAAAUUUGAAUAAAAUUUCUACUUCAUCAACAGAAGAAACCGGUGAGUUAAAUAAUCGAAAAAAACUCGUAAAAAGGCGUGCACGAAAAGCGGAGGAAAUUUUUUCUAAAAACCAACAAGUUGAAACAAAAAACGACAAUGAAUUGGAAUGUAAUAAUUUUUCCGAUGAAAGUUCUAAGAGUGGUGAUAUAGACACAUGUUUAUCUGAUAAAUUAAACGAUAUUACGGAUUAUAGCACUCUUGAUGCUGCAAAUGACAGCAAAAUAAAACAAAGUUUACAUUCAGAGGAAGAAAGUAUUGUUCAGUCAUCCAUAGCAAUCAAUAGUAAUGAAAAUUUGUUUACGGAAAUAAAUUAUUGUAAUAAAUCUGAAACAAUUGAAUCACAUGAAAUUAUUAAAAAUAUAAAAAGUUCUUCAAUGACUGCUAUUUCAAAUAGAUUACCACAAAGUUUACAUUCUUUUUCAACCUCUGACAUGGGUGGAUUAGAAAACAAAAACCAAGCCAGGGAUGGUAUUGAGAAAUUUGAAAAUAUAAAGAAUUUGAAACAAGGACCAUUGAGUAGUUUUACAAGUAUUUCAAAAGUUUCAACUUUAAAACUUCAGUCUUUUGUAGCAAAAAAUCCAAUGUUUAGCCCACCAUUAACAAGGAGAUCUAAUAGUACAACUGAGAAUCCUGGAUUAACUGAAAUUUCUGAGGGACAGCAUAAUAUAAUACAAACAAACCCUUUUUCAAUGAGUAUAGGAAAAUGUAAAAAUUUAGAAAGUAAUAGAUCAAAUGAUGAUCAACUUAUAAAUCCUGUAAGUAAAUCUUUGCCUCGAAAUAUGUGGUUAAAAAAUAGUUUUGAUAUUGAUAAAAAUCCUUUUUCGUCUGCAUCUAAACAAAGGACCCCAUCAGAAGAAGAAGAAUCAGUAUGUGCAGCAAAACUUUUAGAAAAUUUACCUAGUUCACCAUUUGCUCUCAUUAAACGAUUUUCAGAAGAUACUAAAAGAAUGCAAGAAAAAUCUCCUUUAGGGCUAAAAAAUGAAAAUUAUACUGAUCUUGAAAAUGAUUCAGAAAAUACUCUUUACAGUUUUAGAGAAAAACGUAAUGAAAUGCUUGAGUCAAAUAGUACUAUAAAUCAAGAUGAACUUAAAAAAGAUAUUAGUAGUAAUCCUAAGGUAAAAACUAGACCGCCUCUUAAUAUGAAAUCAAUAAAUUGUUCAAAUGUUGACGAAGUUAACACAAAUACAGAUUCAUCAGCCUCAAAACCAGUUUGCCCUCGGAGACGUCCAUCAUAUCAUAACGCCAAUAAUGAUUAUUUUUCUUGCUUAAAUGUAGCAGAAAGUUCAACUAAAACUCAAGAAAAUCAAGUUAACAAAGAUGAAAAUAUAGUUAAAGCAGUUGAUACCAAUCCUCCUUCAACUGAACAGCUUGAUUCUGAUGAUGAUGAAACUUUACCAGAUUUCAGUAAAAUAGUUGAAAAUGCAGACAAAGCCCGUUCCAGAACUAGUUUUCCUCAGCCUUUUCUUACUGGUAUUCCUGAAGAACAUCGCAACAAUCGACACAGAGUCAAUAAGACAGUUUUAAGUGGAAUAUUUCCUGAGUAUACUAUCAAUGAAGAAUCAAGUGAUAAUGACAGUGAAACUGCAAUAGAUAAAAAUGAAUCUUAUUGCGAUAAUAAGCUUACAAGUGAAAAGCAUUUAAGUCUUGAGGAUCUUCCUACUGAUUGCAAGAUGCUAGAAGACAAUCGAGCAAAGAGCUUAAUUUCACUUCCAACAAUAACAUGUGAAGAAAAUACUAAGCAUUCUGAUAUAAGAACUCCUAAAAUAAUUACAAGUAGUCUAAGUGAUCCUUCAUUGUCAAAUGUUCUUUUGAAAUCUUCUUCAUCGUCAUCCCUAAACCCACAAACCAUAACAACUAUAGAAAAUAAUGAAGUAAUUGGUUCAAAGGCUUCAUUAUCUGCUGAAAAAAAGAAAACACCGAAAGUAGAAAUGAGACAUUAUGUUGUGAAUAACUUAUUAGAAACUGAGCAAUCAUACGUCCAAAGUUUAAGUACAAUGAUAACUAAAUUCUCAGAACCUUUAAAAAGACCAGAAAACAGUAGUGUCAUUGAGCCAAAUGUUGUGGAUGAAAUAUUUUAUCAAAUUCCUGAAAUCCUUGAGCAUCACGAGAUGUUUUUAAGCCAGUUGACUGAGCGAGUAAAUGCGUGGGAUAAUAAUCAAGUUGUUGGUGACUUAUUUGUUACAUCGUUUACAAAGACAUAUUUAAUGGAUGCCUACAGUAAUUUUAUCAAUAAUUUCAUACAAGCAAAAGCUGCUAUAAGACAGGCUGUAAAUUCUCGUCCUCAGUUUGCACGCUUUUUGGAACAAUGUACAAGAGAAAAUCGUGAAAAACUUACUCUUUCUGACUUGCUUAUAAUGCCUGUACAAAGAAUACCUCGAUACAAACUACUUCUUUUAGAUAUGUUAAAAUACACACCUGAGAAUCACCCCGAUUACGAAAAUAUACAUUUAGCUAUUGAAGAGAUUGAAGCUCUUGCUGACAGAAUGAAUAAAGGUGAAAUGGAUGCUGACCAGGCUGAGCGAGAUAUAGAACGGUUAAGAGACAUUGAAAAUACAAUUGAGGGAGUUCAAGAUCUUGUGACAGCAUCAAGACGGUUUGUUAGACAAGAUCUUGUUGCAGAAAAAGAAGGCACACAAACAAAGAAAGAUCGCUGCUUAUUUUUGUUUUCUGAUCUUUUAAUAUGUACAACUCAGCGGCGUAAAAAUAAUGCUUUAAGAAGGGGUUCAUUAGGGCUAUUUACAGGACAAUCCGCAGCAGAUAUGAAUCGAUACAAGUUUUUAUGGAAGGUUCAUCUUGAUGAUGUGGAAAUUUCAAAAGCGACUAAUUCACAGGCUAUAAUUAAUAACAGUGAAAUUGACAAGCUAGAAGAAGAUCUCCAUAAACUGAAAACAAUUUUGGCAAAUAUUGAAACACUAUAUACACCUCACCAUAUUGUAGAAGGAUCCAUUAGAGAGUUAACAAAUGAUGUGAGACAACGAAUUCAGGAACAGCAGUAUAUAGCUAUGCAAUCUCAACCUCCAUAUAAGGCAAGAAUCGAUCUACAAGCAUUAACAGAUGAUGGACUAAAAGAGUAUACAUUUAACUUUCUUUCUCCUGAAUGCAAGGCAUCGUGGUUAAGUUUUUUCGAGGAAACGAAACAAAAAUUAGUUUAUUCUGCAAAUUCUAUACCCCCAGAGUUCCAAUAUCCAGUACCUAUAACUAAAACCAGAAGUGGGAUGCAGUUUACCUGUGCUUCACCUAAUCAAACAAUUGGAAAUUAUUCUGACAUGUCUCCACAACAAUCUAUCAAUGGAGAGGUCUGGGUGUGUAAUAGUGAUGGUUAUGUUGGUCAGGUUUGUUUAAUUUCUAUGGUUCCUGAGGCUCAGUCAAAAGCUUCACUUUCUGUGUGUUCUGUAAGGAUUUUAUGUUUGGCUGCUGUUCCUGGGGGGCGUCUUCUAAAUAAAUAUAGAAACUCAAGUAAUCAAAGUAAAUCUAAUGCCAUUGAUUUUAAUCCAAAAAAAAUAAGAUCCAGGAAUGGUUCUAUCAAAAAAUCUUUACCAAGUGAAUCAGAUGAUGAUGAUCUUCAUAACAAUGCUGCAAAUAUUAUGGCGUUUGAUAGCAGUGAUGACGAGGAAAUGGAAUCAUCAUAUAUGGGCUCCAUAUCAUUUGAUGGUAGAAUGAGCCCCGAUGGUAGCAGUCUAGGGACUGUUGAAAGUCAAGAAGGAGAUCCUGAUAGCAGCGAUGAUUAUAAUAACACAAUAAGUGAUGAAGAAGAUUCAGCUAGAAAAGAUUUAAGAAGAGAAUACAGCAAUCUUUCUUCUGAAGUAAAUGAUCAAAUCAAUAUGUGGUUAGGAACUGAAGAUGGAAAUAUUUAUGUUUAUAAUGCAUCAGAUGUUAUAGCACAGCGAAAAACUAAAACCAAGUUGCAACAUGGAGCUCCAGUAACAGCAAUUUUAUACUUUGAAAGUCGUGUAUUUGUUGCACUCGGAAGUGGUGAAUUAUGUGUCUACACUAGAGAUCAAGCUACAAAUGUGUGGCAAACAUCAAAACCAGAAAAAAUAAAUGUUAGCAUUUCAGGAUCCCCAAUUUCUUGUAUUACAGCAGUUGCUGGUCGAAUAUGGUGUGGAUGUCAGAAUACUAUUGUACUUGUAAAUGCUGCUACAUUAGACCAUGAGAAUACAUUCACAGUUAGCUCUGACCACACCAAGGUUGUUCAUAAGAUUGUAAGCUCUGGGUUAGGAGUAUGGGUAUCAAUGCAGAAUAGCGCAACUGUACGAUUAUAUCAUGGAACCACAUACGAAAAUGUUACAGAAAUUGAUAUUACACCAGCCGUUAAUAAAAUGUUGGCUGGAGCAGACGCCAUUAUUCGUCAACAUAAAUCAGCAUGUCUUCGCGUAACAUCCAUGUUAAUUUGUAAAGACUUGCUUUGGAUUGGUACCAGCGCAGGCGUUAUAUUAACCAAUCCUUUGCCUUCAAUAACUGCUAGUACCUCUGUAUUAAGAAACAGUUUAAUUCCUACAGGAUCACCUUAUGGACACACAGGACAUGUUCGGUUUUUAACUUUAGUUGAGGUAGCUAAAUCACAAUUUAAAACAGUAGAAAGUAAUAAAGACAAUUCGAAAAGCUCACCAUGGCUAGGUACAAGCCGGCGUGAGUCGACUAAAAGUUUACGUAACGAUAAUAAUUCGAGUGGAGUUUUGACUCUAGUCGUAAGUGGUGGGGAUGGCUAUGAAGAUUUUAGAUAUAGUCAACAAUCUGAAACAGUUGGUCGUGACGAUAGUACGAACCAUUUACUUAUAUGGCGAGUAUGAUUUAUAAUGUUAUAAAAUGGCUACGUCAUACAUUUUUCAAAAUGCGAUUUAUUGCAUAGAAGUGCUUAAAUUAAUAAAUUUUUUAAUAGAAAUUAUUUAUAACACUGCGCUCAUCUUUGAUUUUUUAUCUCAAAAAAAUGUUGGUUUCUGCAACCAUUGAAAUUCUACAUUCUUGUAGGUUUUUAUGUUUUGUACUGCAAUAUUUUUUAUAAUUAUUUUGAAAUUAAAGCAAAACUUUUUUCAAAAAUUAUUUUUAUAAAACAGUAAAUGAAAUCAAGAUAAGUGCGUGCGCAUAAUGAGUGAUUGUUGAUAUAUGUUUAUAAAUACUAUGUAAAUAUUAAAAAUAAAUUCUAACUAAUAUUUUUCUCUUUUUUAAAUUUUUUAUUUUUUUAUCUGAGUAAUAGCUACGAGAAUAAUGUAAACCGCUCGUUACCAUGACAAUCAUAUGCCACCUAUUGACUAGACAUGUUUUACUCAUUUUUAUAAAAUCAGUUUUCAUAACUUUUUUGCUGUAAAAUUGUAUAUACCUAAUAAAUUAUAUAUACUUUGUUAUAUGUACUUAAUAAAUUAUAUAUACCUUA